CAUCAUUCUUCUCCUCUCGCAUUACGGCGGUCCAUGCUUCGCGGCGCAGCAUCAGCACUGCUGAGGAGCGGCACUGAGAUUUCCUCCGUCUGCCUGGUGCCGAGGGCCCGACCUGUGCGGCAGUCGCUCCGCUUCAAGCCCCACAACAGGCCGUUUUCUCUGUCGGUCGGCUUGCGUAAGAAGAAGAAGAGAAGUCUUUGGUUGGAGCUUUCGGAAGGACAAAAUAUGGAUGGAAAUAUUGAGGAGGUUCUUGCCCCACUGAGGCUCGCAGUCAAAGAACAGGGGGAUCUCGUCCGCCAAAUGAAACAGGAAGGCGCUCCUGAUGUGGAUAUCACCAAAGCUGUGGCCGAGCUGAAGGCGAGGAAGAGAACCCUGGAGGCCAAGGAACUCUCCUUGCAGCCCAAAGAUGACAUAGUAGACAGAACCAAGAUGGAAGACACCCUGAAGAGGCGAUUCUUCUACGACCAGGCCUUUGCCAUCUAUGGAGGUGUGAGCGGCCUGUACGACUUUGGCCCCGUGGGCUGUGCCCUGAAGAACAACAUCCUGCAGGCCUGGAGGCAGCACUUCAUCCAGGAGGAGCAGAUCCUGGAGAUCGACUGCACCAUGCUGACACCUGAGCCUGUCCUCAAAACAUCAGGACAUGUGGAUAAGUUUGCUGACUACAUGGUGAAAGAUGUCAAGAAUGGCGAGUGCUUCAGGGCAGACCAUCUACUCAAAGCCCACCUCCAGAAGCUGAUGUCUGAUAAGAAGUGCGCUGCGGAGAAGAAGGCUGAGAUGGAGGAUGUUAUUACUCAGAUGGAUAACUAUACCCAGCAAGAAUUGACUGAUCUGUUUGUGAAGUACAACGUCAAGUCACCAACAACAGGAAAUGACCUCACACCCCCCAUCUCCUUCAACCUGAUGUUUCAGACAUCCAUUGGACCUGGGGGGAAUAUGCCAGGCUAUCUGAGGCCUGAAACAGCUCAGGGAAUCUUCCUCAACUUUAAGCGUCUGUUGGAGUUCAACCAGGGAAAACUGCCCUUUGCUGCUGCUCAGAUUGGAAACUCUUUCAGGAAUGAAAUCUCUCCUCGCUCUGGACUCAUUCGUGUCAGAGAGUUCACAAUGGCUGAGAUUGAGCACUUUGUGGACCCAGUGGAGAAAGUCCACCCUAAAUUCCCCAAUGUGGCCGACCUAGAUAUCAUGUUGUACUCCUCCAAGGCCCAGACCAGUGGCCAGUCUGCCCAAAUCAUGAGGCUGGGGGAUGCUGUGGAGCAGGGAGUGAUCAAUAACUCCGUCCUAGGAUAUUUCAUUGGGAGGAUCUACCUCUACCUUACUAAAGUAGGUGUGGCCAAAGACAAGCUGCGCUUCCGUCAGCACAUGGACAAUGAGAUGGCCCACUAUGCCUGCGACUGCUGGGAUGCUGAGACCAAAACCUCCUAUGGCUGGAUAGAGAUUGUGGGGUGCGCUGACCGAUCCUGUUAUGAUCUGAAAUGCCAUGCACGGGCUACAAAGGUCCCUCUGGUUGCUGAAAAGCCUCUAAAAGAACCCAAAGUUGUAAAUGUCGUCCAAUUUGAGCCCAACAAGGGAGCCAUUGGCAAGGCCUACAAGAAGGAUGCUAAGAUAGCCAUGGAGUACCUCUCUGUGUGUGAUGAAUGCUUCAUUACAGAGCAGGAGCAGCUGCUCAAUGAGAAUGGAGAGUUUACCAUUGAGAUGGAAGGCAAGUCUUUCAAACUGACGAAGGACAUGGUCAGCGUAAAGAGGUUCCAGAAGACUCUGCAUGUGGAAGAAGUUGUCCCUAACGUAAUUGAACCCUCCUUUGGAAUUGGUAGAAUCAUGUACACCAUCUUUGAGCACACAUUCCAUGUCAGAGAAGGUGACGAACAAAGAACGUAUUUCAGCUUCCCCGCUACUGUCGCUCCGUACAAAUGUUCCGUCCUUCCUUUGAGCCAAAAUCAGGAAUUCAUGCCUUUCGUGAAAGAGUUAUCUGAGGCAAUGACCAAAAACGGUGUGUCUCACAAAGUGGACGACUCCUCAGGAUCCAUCGGGAGGCGCUACGCCAGGACAGAUGAGAUUGGAGUGGCCUUUGGCAUCACCAUCGACUUUGACACAGUGAACAAGACGCCCCACACAGCUACCCUGAGAGACCGCGACUCCAUGACACAGAUCAGAGCCGAGGUCAGUGAGUUGCCCGUAAUUGUCAGAGAUCUGGCAAACGGCACCUUGACUUGGGCCGAAGUGGAGAGCAAGUACCCCAUUUUUGAAGGACAGGAGACCAGCAAGAAGGACACAAUUGAAGAAUAAAGGUCACUCAUCUGCCAGUCACUCGAAUGAAAAUUAAGACUUUUGCAUAUGCAUCAAUACGAAGAAUAUUGCAAUUGUAUUGUGACAAGCAGCAGCGGUGCACCGAGCUCGUUUAUGUUCUACACCACUGCAAUCACUGAAAUUCAACUUCUAAUUAAAUGUCAUGUAUUCAUGGUACCUAACAGAUGUGGAAGGCUUUCAAAAGACUCUUGUUCCCUCGAUGAGAAUCAUUUCAUCCAUGUAAGGGCAUGUCACAUGUUUUUAAAAGGGAGUAAACACGAUCAGGUUGUUGAGUCUUCUGUGGAAGGGGACUUCACCAUUCCAGUUUUUGGGUGUAUUGGAUUGAGAUGUUUAACAAUUUCGAUUCAAUAAAAACAGCCAGCACGUACUGGACACAGGCA